CGAGACACAAAUAUUCAGUUAGUGCAAAGUGCUUGAACUGGUUAGGUGGAUAGAUAAUGUUAGAUACUAUAAAAGAAUUCCUGGACUGCAGGUUUAUAAAGGCUUAUAAACAGGCUUCUGGAACCACUUGUACUCAAGGAAACAAUAAUGCGACCCCAAAGGAUGGCGUUCAGUGGCGUGGUAACAGGACAAGCAACGGCCAAUGCAAUGGAAACGGCUGCGGCCUCCGCUUCACCGGGAGCGACACUGAAAACGGCGGCGGCUUCAAUGGCUCUGAAGACUCAGCCGCAGGAGGGCCGGACCAGCUGGAGGGGCCGGGCGCAAUUGAGAAUGACACUAUUCACCUCAAGAGACGGGUGGGACUCAUCAGUGGGGUGGCUUUAAUUGUCGGGACCAUGAUAGGUUCCGGAAUCUUCGUUUCCCCGUCGGGCCUGCUUGAAAGGACCGGAUCAAUCGGGAUGAGUUUUGUGAUAUGGAUGGCGUGUGGGCUCUUAUCACUUCUAGGCGCUCUCGCGUACGCCGAACUGGGCACUAUGAACACGUCAUCCGGGGCGGAAUAUGCCUACUUCAUGGACGCUUUCGGGGCUCCCCCAGCAUUCUUAUUCUCCUGGGCCAGCACCCUCGUCCUUAAACCGUCACAAAUGGCGAUUAUUUGCCUCAGUUUUGGAAAAUACGCAGUCGAGGCUUUCGUCAGCGAAUGCGAACCGCCCGAAAUCGUCGUCAAGAUGGUGGCUCUACUUGCAGUCGUUGUUAUCCUCUACGUCAACUGCUACAGCGUCAAUCUGGCAACGAGUGUACAAAAUGUCUUUACUGCGGCUAAACUGGUCGCGGUUUUUAUUGUUAUAGCGGGAGGCACGUACAAGAUGUUUGAAGGUAAUACUCAGCAUUUGCGGGAGCCUUUUAGAGGCACGAGGUCCUCCGUGGGGAACAUUGCGACGGCUUUCUAUACGGGGCUUUGGGCCUAUGACGGCUGGAAUAACCUCAAUUAUGUCACCGAGGAAAUCAAAAACCCAUCACGUAAUUUGCCAAUGAGCAUAAUUAUCGGAAUCCCGCUGGUAACCAUCUGCUACGCCCUCAUCAACGUCUCCUACCUGACAGUGAUGUCCCCCAUGGAGAUGAUAACCAGCGAAGCGGUGGCUGUCACCUUUGGUAACCGUCUUUUGGGCGUGAUGGCCUGGUUGAUGCCCCUUUCUGUCACCAUUUCGACCUUUGGUUCUGCAAACGGCACUCUUUUCGCUGCUGGUCGGUUGUGCUUUGCGGCAAGUCGCGAAGGUCAUCUCUUGGACAUCCUCUCCUACGUCCACAUUCGCAGAUACACUCCAGCGCCAGGUCUUAUUUUUCACUCGCUGAUUGCCGCCGCUAUGGUACUUUAUGGUACCAUCGACUCGCUGAUUGACUUUUUCAGUUUCACUGCGUGGAUUUUCUACGGGGGAGCAAUGCUGGCUCUGAUUGUGAUGCGACACACUAAACCCAACUAUCCUAGGCCCUAUAAGGUGCCAAUUAUCAUUCCUUAUGUGGUAUUAGUGAUCUCUUUCUACCUGAUAAUAGGUCCUAUAGUAGACAAGCCUACCAUUGAGUACCUGUAUGCAACGCUGUUCAUUUUUAGUGGGAUGGUUUUUUAUGUCCCGUUCGUGCAUUACAAAAUGCGGAUCCCAUUCAUGGACGGCGUGACUGUUUUCUUGCAGAUGAUAUUUGAAGUAGCACCAACAUCGACAAUGUUGGAGUAGAAAGGCAGAAAGCUCAAAUUUAUAUAUUUGUAGCUGUUAGUAGGUCAUGGUUACAGGUAAAACUCUUGGUUUCAUCUAUACAACGUUAUUUUUGUGCUUACUGUGACUUGAAAAUGUGUAGAUGGAACUAGAUGAAAAUUAUAAAUGUAAAAUGUAGGUAAAUUGCACGGAUCAUUCCCAACCAUCGGAUAUCUCAUGGGGUGCAACGUGAAUAUCCAUAAUUGUUUCGUUCGUUCAAAUAAAAUUAGUGUCAAGCAAUAAAACUCUAGAGUGAACGUAUUAUACAGUAGAUAAAUGUUAAAUUUACUCGGUGUAAUAACGUCGAUGUUUGUACAUUUCUAGCUAAUUUUAUUUGAAUUUGAUAGUUGUGCAUUUUAUAUGAAGUAUACAUUUAUUACAAAAAGUCUGACUUUUUUUAUGAACUUAUUUUUAUAUUAGUGCAAGUUCCUGUAACCAUGAUUAAAAAAUUUCAAAAUACAUUAAAUUGACAUGUUUAAGGUAAAAAUAUGACUCUGUAAUUCCUUACCUAAACACUGUUAAUUGUUAUUUUGGGUUUUCUAUAAUUUUUUAUUUCACGUUUUAGUUCUAAACUAAAAGAUUCGAAUCUUGAAAGAGAGUAUUACAGCAGUUAGAUGAUGGGGAUAUUAUUUUUCAACAUUUCUAUUUUAAUCAAAGUACCUGUUAAAUAAGAUAAUGAAAAAAAAAAGUAUUUUCUUUAUAUAGUCACUAACAUAUCUAAAAUACUCUCGAACGAAUCUUGGAACAUCGAUUUUACGCAAAAAUUGUUGUUUUUAUCAUUUGAUAAUAGCUUUUGUAUAAAAUUUAGAAAAGUAACAUUGUUGCCAAAUGUAAAGCAUAUAUUGUUGUGCAAUAUAAAUAAAUAUUAUAUUGUAAUAC